ACCCCCAGCAGGGUGUGCGCCCUCCGGGCCGGGGGAAGGCGGAGCGCCAUGGUGGAGAAGCGGUGCCCGAGGCUGCAGCGGGAUGGUGUGUACCGCUGGUUCUCCGAGCUGCCCUCUCCGCAGCGUGUGGAGUUCCUGUGCGGCCUCCUGGACCUGUGCAUCCCGCUGGAGCUGCGGUUCCUGGGCGCCUGCCUGGAGGACCUGGCCCGCAAGGACUACCACUCGCUGCGUGACUCCGAAAUCAAGGCCAACAACCCCGCAGACCUGGGGAGCCUCACCAACCUGACGGACGAGGUGGUGCGGAGCAAGCUGUUGGUGUCUCUCGCCCUGCUCGGGUCUGCACACCGAGAGGCGGCCGGGGUCCUCUUCCGUACCCUCACCCAUAUCGAUUCGGUCAUCAACAACUAUGGGCUACAACUCAACGAGGGCCGCACAGGGGAUGAGUUCCUGUUGCUCUUUACAAUGGCAUCCAACCAUCCUGCUUUCAGCUUCCACCAGAAACAGGUCCUGAGGCAAGAGCUCACCCAGAUCCAGAAUAUCAUGGCCAGCACCAGCAAGAAUCCAAGCACCUCUACCCUCAACACCAUGGCAACCUAUCCUGGCUGCCAUAAGGUCACGCCAAGGUCCGAGACCCCCAUCAACAGUGUCAGCAACAGUCUGGAAAAUGUACUACAUACAUCAACACAUUCCAUUGAGGAGUCAUUACCCAAGAGGCCUUCGGGGAAACACUCCAAAGUGAGUGUUGAAAAAGUGGAAUUAAAGGGACUGGCACACAAGAAGAAUGAAAGAAACGUUGAAUAUUCCUUUGAGGUCCUGUGGUCUGAUUCUUCAGUGACGUUGGUAACCAAAUCUUCCUCUGAAGUGACUGAUUUUAUCUCAAAGCUGUCUCAGCUGUAUCCAGAAGAAAACUUGGAGAAAUUCAUUCCUUGCCUAGCUGGUCCAGAUUCAUUUUACCUAGAACGGAACCACAUGGACCUGGAAUCGGACCUUAGGUAUUUGGCACCGUUACCUUCCCAUGUGGUGAAAAAUGACCACGUUAGAAAGUUCUUCAGCACUUCAUCUCCUUCACAGCAACUUCAGAGCUCGAAUCCUGGCAACCCCUCCCUUUAUAAAGUAGGAACCACGCUGGGAACAUCUGGAAGACCUAUAUGUGGAGUGGCUGGCAUUCAGUCUUCUCAGAAUCAUGUUCAACACUCGGCUGCUGCUCCCGUUGCACUACCCCACUGUUCCCAUGCAGGAGGUACCGGCUCAUCGCUGGCCUAUCGCACCCAGAUGGACACCUCUUCUUCCCCCAUGUUAAUGUCUUCCAGUCCACAGACUCCUCAGACACAGGAGCAAAAUGGGAUCUUAGACUGGCUCAGGAAACUGCGGUUGCACAAAUACUAUCCUGUCUUCAAACAGCUCACGAUGGAGAAGUUUCUGAGUCUUACUGAGGAAGAUCUGAAUAAGUUUGAGUCCCUCACCAUGGGAGCAAAGAAGAAGCUCAAGACCCAGCUAGAGUUGGAGAAAGAAAAGUCAGAGAAACGGUGCCUAAACCCCUCAACACCUUCUUCAGUUACCAGCAGCGGUGUGGCAAGGGUUCCCCCUACUACACAUGUAGGGCCAAUCCAGAGUAUUCGUGGCAACCAUGCUGCAGAGCUGCGAGUGGAUGUGGAUCAGCCAGCUCACCCACUGCCCCGUGAGGGCAGCUCAUCCGAGUAUUCCAGCUCUUCUUCCAGCCCCAUGGGGAUCCAGACAAGGGAAGAGAGCUCAGACAGUGCCGAGGAGAACGACAGACGUUUGGAGAUUCACUUAGACGGCUCUGAAAAGGAGAAGCCAGUGAUGUUACUGAAUCAUUUCACUUCGAGCUCUGCCAGACCCACGGCUCAAGUCUUGCCAGUGCAAAAUGAUGCAGGCUCCAAUCCGUCCAGCCACCACUCUCUGCCCAUGCAAAUGAUGUCAGCGGCCUCUACUCACAUCACCCCCAUUCGGAUGCUAAACUCAGUGCAUAAAUCAGAGCGUGGCAAUGCAGACAUGAAGCUCCUUUCAUCGUCUAUGCAUUCUCUUUUGUCUUUAGAAGAGAGAAAUAAAGUUUCUCCUGGAUCUAGGGGCAGCAUUAAAAUGGAAAAGAGCUUUGGAAAUACAGUGGUGGAUGUAAUGUCUGCAUCUUCUCCCCACCAGCCCUUGCAAGUGCUGUCAGGGGCUGCUGAGAACAGCUCACCCACUUCUACUAUUAACUUUGGUCCUCGAACCAAAGUUGUACAUGCUUCAACUCUGGACAGAGUGAUAAAAACAGCUCAGCAGCCAGGAUUAAUAGUAGAAACGAGUACUGCUGCCACUGUAACAUCCAGCACAGUCUUCCACGUGGCUCGUCCACCCAUCAAACUGCUGGUGUCUUCGUCUCUUCCUACUGAUUCUGCCAUUGCCGGACAGACUUCCUGCUCCAGUAAUAUGCAAAUAACGGUGUCCCCUGCAAUAAUCAAUCCCCGGACUGCUCUGUACACAGCCAACACCAAAGUUGCCUUCUCUGCAAUGAGCAGCGUGCCAGUGGCGCCAAUGCAAGGCAGCUUCUGUGCAAACAGCAACGCAGCCUCCUCCAGCAGCCACCCAUCCACAUCCUAUGCGACCAUGGCCAACCUGCCCAGCUGCCCCGCACCCAGCUCCAGCCCCACGCUCUCCUCUGUUGCCGACAACAACUUCUACAGCAGCAGCAGCAGCAGCAGUAGCAGCAGCAGCAGCAGCAGCAGCGGAUCCGCAGGGAGCAUCCCGGUACCAAACCAGAACCACCACCACCAUCACCACCAGCAGCAACAGCCGCAGCCGCCUGGGUGCAUGGUGUGCAGCUCCUGUGGGUGCAGUGGGAACUGCGGCACCGGCGGUAUGACCGUCAGCUAUGCCAACUAUUUCCAACACCCAUUUUCAGGCCCGUCAAUGUUUACUUUUCCAUUUCUGCCCUUCAACCCUUUGUGUAGUAAUGGCUACAUCAACACACAGCAGUACAACAGCAGCACGACCUUCCCCGUGGUCCACACCGCCUACAACAGCGGCAUAGCACCGGACUCCGUGAUGACCGGGCAGUCCACGUUUGCGGUACCACCAAUGCAGAACUUUAUGGCAGGGACAGCAGGGGUGUACCAGGCACAGGGAAUGAUGGGAAACAGCAAUGGUUCCAGUCACAAAAAAAACGGGAAUCUCUCAUGUUACAACUGCGGGGCCAGUGGUCACAGAGCUCAGGACUGCAAACAGCCUCCGAUGGAUUUCAAUCGACAAGGUACGUUUAGGCUGAAGUACGCCCCUCCCUCUGAAAGUCUUGACUCCACAGACUGAUACUUUAUCAUCUGGCAAGAAAAUACUGUAAGCCAUGGAGAUACAAGGAGAUUGAACUACAAAACUGAGACGUCCAGUUGCUGUUAAGCUUAAUGUAUUUUUUAAUCCAAAGGUGCUUUACUUUAUUAGACUAGGUAGAAAAUCUAGCUUAGGGGUGCAUUGAACCCAUUUUGAUUGCCAAAUUCAAGCUUGGAUCUUGUUGCUGGAACUUCCGACUCCGUGUCAUGGGAUCGAUGGAUGGUGGAGCCGGCCUGAUGCGAGUACAACAUCCAAGGUACUUUCUUUUUGCUGGAGCCACGUUGCCAUACGUGGACUUCCAAAGGGGGAAGCAUCGAGCUCCAGGGCAGCUUCAUUCUGAGGUGGAAGCUGGAGGUGGGAGCAGCCGUUUGGAAGGACUUUGGCACCCCUGGGCUGGGUAAAAUGUCUACUUUUGUUCAAAAGUGAUCAGGCACUAAUCUCUGGGAUUAUUGAGGAUUGCACUACAGAAGAAUGUAAAACCCUUCGAGCUUUCUGCACUUCCAGCAGUGUCACUCUGAGACCAGUGCAAGAGGCAAAGAAGUUCCAGCUGUUAACAGCUGGCACCAGCAGGCGAUACGUGACUUAACCACACAAUAAAAGUCUGAAGUAAGUGUCUCCUUUUUCCCUACCAAAAGAACAUAAACACGGCGGUUUUGGUUCCUUCUGGAAACAAACUUGUGCUUCACUGUCUCACUUGUUGCUAGAUAGUGCUGGGUUCUCAGUGGUGGAAUAGACUUUAGUUUCCAAGGGUCCAAGUCCCAGAGACUCCAGAGUCAUAAAGGCUUCAAGGAUAUAUUCCUGUAAUACACAAAACCUUUACGUCCUAUUACUGUAUAUAGGUCUCUUUCACAGAAACCUUAUUAUUCUGCUUUUGUAAAUGAGUUUUAAACCAUCCUAAAAGAAAAAUGCAAAAAAAAAAUGAAAAAAAAGAACUCUGUCAGCAGAGUUUAUGAGCUUUUGCUUUACUUCAUAUAAAAAAUACCCCUUUGACUCCUACCCAGAGGCUUUUGCUGCAGGAUUCAGAAGUGGUAGAAGUCAAACAUGUAAAAGGUAGUAAACUUCAUUAUUAUCAAGACUCUCUGACGGGUUUCUCGUCAGCCUCCUUCGUUGCAAUAGAUUGUAGAUGACUUAGCUUUGGUAUUAACUACUUAGCGUACAUCAUUUGUGGGUGACAAAUCUAAAUUAGGACUCGAGAGGAAGCCAGACAAAUCCUGAACUGCUCAUUUGAAAGUUUGGUCCUGCCUGCUUGAAAGAAGAUACUGAUCCUCAUGGCUCACCAGGGGAUCUGACAAUAUUUGGUGGGUCAUUUAUAUCAUAGAGACAUUUCCUUACUGUAAUUGGGAAAACAUCUUGAAAGUCCAAAGCCUUGUUUACACUUGGAGGUGUUUCUCACACCAACUUAAACCACACCAGGAUGAAGGGUACAUGUAGUGGUACAGCCACAGCUUGGAAGCGAGGGAAGUUGUAUACUGGAGGUGAAAUGUCCAUGUGAGGGGGUGAUGCAGGAGCUUGACAGCUGAGACCUUUCUGGACCACAGCAAAGAAGUGUUUGGGCCAUUCUUCACCCCUGUGUGCUCAGGGGGCAGUCGUCAGCCUCAUCAGAGCAGGAUAAAGGAGCAUUGCCAGAGAGGCACAGCAGCAUGAGAUGGCCCAGCACCAGACUCUGUCCAGGUGGUUGAUGUGUGGCUCAUAGUGGAUGUGGCUUCAUGGAAACCCAAGUCUAAUAUCACAUAAUGUUAGCUUUUAAAGCAAAAUGGAUGAAUUUUUACUUCCUAUGCAAUGAAGCAGAAAGAUUUGUGCAUCCUCAUCCCAGCUCACACAUCCCGCGGUACCGCACACACUAUGGAGAUGCUUCCAUCACUCUGCCCACACUGGAGGAGGUUCCCUGAGUUCUAACCACCGACCUUCAGACCUACAACACUAAAGUGAUGAAAACUGACAAUGCAAUUUACUUUGCCUUAAUGAGCUUGAGACAAUAGGAGGAACAAUCUGUCAUACUGUGUUACGCUGAGGAAACGCGCAGUUUUCAGUGGUGAUGUUUACUCUUUACAGCUUUGGGGGUUCUCUCCAGUGGCCUGGAACAUGUGCUGAAAGCCAAAUCUUUAUUUUGUUUUAGUGGAGUUUUUUUCCACUUUUUUUUUCUUUUUAACAAUACUUUCAAACUGAAUUGUAUUGAAGAAAACUGUAAUUUCAACACACAUGCAAGUUGUGUGUGAAAAACCCUCUCAGAAUAGCAAAAAUCAGCAGCAAAAAAGUAAGGAAUACUAAUUUCUGUACCACUUCUGUUUUGGUUUAAUGCCCAGGGCUGGGCACAGCAUCUUGUCUUAUUAUUCGUCAGUGUCAAAACUGUCACAAAAGGACUGUCAGACUGAACCUGUGUCCAGCAAACUUUCAUUCCUUUCUUCAGAGCUCUCUUUGGGAUCGUUUCCUUUGUGUGAAGUUAAGGCUGAUGUUUCUUAAGUGGCUUACAUGUACUUUUAGGUAACGGUUUUAAGUGGCAAAGUCUGUUUUUAGGGUAAGUUCAACUCCGGAUGUCUCGAGUACCUUAAAGCAGUGCGAGUGUUUGAUGAGCUAACAGCGAUUCCCAAGCUUUCCCUACACCCAGCGAUCUGUGUCUCCGGAUCUGUGAGCAAACACUGUCCAAAGUACCACAAACCACCAGAGUUGGUAAGUCUGAACAGAGCACUUUAGUUCUGUCCAAUAACCCUUACAUCCGUUUUUAAAAGGCACAAAUCCAUCUUUUCACCCCAAAAAAGCAAGGCAGCUUGUUUUAGAAUUGUAGUUCUGGCUUCACUGGCUGAAAGAACCAGUUCUUAAACUUAUUUUUAUACAUUGAGAGAUGGGGAUUUCAAAGAAAGCUAUUUAUUCCUGUCUGUGUCCUAGAAGGAUCAAAAGAAUUAGUUCUCAACAUGGAUUUCACUGUGGAAUAGAGAUGAUUUUUAAACGCAAUGGAGAAAGGGAAUCCCAAGUCCUUCCCUGCAGGAGCACAGAGAAGUUAACACCGAGGCUUCCCUCAGGAGGAGCGAGCAAUGUGCAGUGUUUUCCAUUUGGGAGCAUUGGCAAUAGGAAUACUGGAAACGGGAUGGAAUUCCCAGCAAGCUCCUCCUCACGCUGGUAGUGGGCAAGUGAAGUGUUAAUAAAUAGGCCAGGCUUGAUGCCCAGCAGCAGGAAGGUGAAGAGGGAAGCCUCACUGCAUGAGUGGGGUAUGGAUCAGAGCGCUCCAUGAGGCUCCUCCAGCGCACACUGCACUCCCCUUGUUGUGGAACCUUUUCAUGCCACGGUCCAUAAAUCCUGGCACAUUAAGUGCCAGGCUUCCAAAAUAACAGGUUAACUAACGCCAGGCCUUUGCCAAUGCCCAGAUUCCAUCCUGUGCUAUUCCUGGCUGGAGAGCUGCAGGGCGAGGGUACUCGGAAACGAAACGCAGCCUGGUUCCUCCCCAGAAUAAACCUGACAUCAUCUGAACCCCCAACACGUGGGUUCACUGCCUCGUUGGUUACGGGAGGACACGGAGCUCGGCUCUGCAUUCGGGAUAGGCUGGAAUGCUGUUAAAUGAGAGGGAUGUGAGCAGAGCUGGAGAGAAAUCCGUGUGACUGAGCGCUUCCAGAGGGCAGGAAGUGCGUUGGGUGGGAGAGGCUGCAGCCUGACGACACCUCCUGUACCGAACCCUUGGAUCUACCCCUUUGCUCCCUUCCAUUUCUCCUCACAUAAGGAAGAGCAGUGUUGGUACUGAAGCAGAAAGCAAAUCCUGUGUGUUUUCAAGUGCAGUUUAAUAGCUUCUCUUGGACAUAACUUUCCACUAGGAAUGAAGGAAACUCCUGCUCCAUUUGAGCCAUUUCUUUUACUUCGGUCAAUUCUAGUAUUACAAAUUGUGCAUGUAACUUUAUAAAUAUUUUAAAUAGUUUUGUAAAUAUUUAAUAUUCAGCUAAUUUGAUUUUGAAUUGUAAAUGUCAAGUAUUCUGGUAUUGGGAUUUUUAUGUUUUAUUAUACUUUGUUAAAAGUAAAAUUGUACAUUUUUAGAAUGUUUUUAUCUGA